AUGGUUCAUCUAUCUGCUAGCUCCCUGCUCUUGGCAGCAGGAAUCCUGCCCAAUCUUGCUUUGGGUGCUGGAUUGAACGAUGCUGCUGUUUCAAUCGGCCAGGCCUACUUCGGAUCUGCCACCGAUAACCCUGAGCUGAGCGAUUCGACUUACGUCAAGCAGCUGAGCAAUACCGCCGACUUUGGCCAAAUCACACCUGGAAACUCUCAGAAGUGGGAUGCUACGGAGCCCUCAAGGAACGUCUUCACAUACUCGGGGGGUGACACUGUUGCCAAGUUGGCUCAAUCCAACGGCCAGAAGUUGAGAUGUCACAACCUGGUCUGGCAUAGCCAGCUCCCCAGCUGGGUUACCAGCGGCAACUUCAACAAUGCCACUCUGAUUUCCAUCAUGAAAAACCACAUUACCAACCUGGUCCAGCACUACAAGGGACAGUGCUACGCGUGGGACGUUGUGAACGAGGCUCUGAACGAGGAUGGAACGUAUCGCCAGAGUGUCUGGUACAACACCAUUGGCCCCGCCUACAUCCCCAUUGCCUUCGCCACUGCUGCUUCAGUGGACCCCGAUGUCAAGCUCUACUACAAUGAUUACAACAUCGAGUACUCUGGUGCUAAGGCCGGUGGUGCCCGCAGAAUUGUCGAGCUCGUUCAGUCCUACGGCGCCAAGAUUGACGGCGUUGGUCUUCAGUCUCACUUCAUCGUCGGCAGCACCCCCAGCAAGGCUGACCAGAAGACCACCAUGGCUGGCUACACUGCUUACGGCGUGGAUGUUGCCAUCACCGAGCUCGAUAUUCGUAUGACUCUGCCUUCCACCAAUGCCCUGCUCACUCAACAGGCCACCGACUACAGCAACACCGUUGCUGCUUGUGUCGAGACCAAGAAAUGUGUCGGCGUCACCAUCUGGGAUUGGACCGACAAGUACUCCUGGGUUCCCAACACUUUCCCCGGACAAGGCGCUGCUUGCCCUUGGGACUCGAACUACCAGAAGAAGCCUGCUUACAACGCUAUCCUGAGCGCCUUGAACGCUGGCGGCAGCAGCAGCGGUGGCGGUUCCACUACCACCACCACCGCUGCCGUGACCACUACCACUUCUGCCAGCGGCAGCGGACCUACUGGUGGCUCUGGUGUCGCUCAGCAGUGGGGUCAAUGUGGUGGUAACGGUUGGACGGGUCCUACCACGUGUGUGAGUGGUACCACCUGCAAGUACUCCAACCCCUGGUACUCUCAGUGCCUCUAA